UCAGGAUUACCUUUCUGGUCUUGAUAGUCCUUCUAGGUUAUCUAUGCAUGCUUUCUACUGCAAAUUCUCUUUCUACUCUGAGCACACCCUUUUAAUUACAAGACAAUUCCUCUGAAGGACUAAUGUUUAAUAUUUUAAUAACUUCUAAAAUGUUACCAGCUGAUGAUCACAUCACUCCUUCAUUUAUCCACUGACUACCCCGCUCAGUCAGUUUAUGGCCAGGUAUCAAUGUCGUAGGUGACUCAGUGCAAAGACAACAUACUGCAAUGGACAUCGGGGGAUUGGAGACAGUGGUAGCCAAUUCUGCAUAUAUCACCGCCAGAGGAAGUUUUGAUGGUAACUCCAAUGCUGCUGCUUCACGGGACAAAAAGUAUCGUGCCAAGCUUCAGUUACCUCACAUCACAAAAUGUGAGGAUCUCAAGGAUAGCAUCAACUUGGAUUUUGAUAACAUAUGCUGCAAGCAGCCAAUUGGAAAGCUGCUCUUUCAGCAGUAUCUGGAAACAGUACCAGAGUACAGACCAGCAUCCAAGAUCUGGAGUGAUAUUCAAGAAUAUGACACAGCAGAGGACACAGCACGGGUGCAGAAAGCUACCAAAAUUAUAUCUCGGUACUUGGAACCUGGAGGAAGGUACUUCUGCACCUAUCUGGAGGAGAACACCAUUGCAAAUAUAAAAUUGGACCACCAGGACACCAAGGAUGAUCUUUUCACAGAAGUCCUGGAGAGCACUCUCGCUUUUAUAAAAGAGGCUCCCUUCUUGAAUUAUAAAGACACUAUGUAUUUCAUGCGCUUCCUUCAGUGGAAAUGGCUGGAGUCACAACCCAUUGGUGAGGACUGGUUCCUCGACUUUAGGGUUCUUGGAAAAGGGGGUUUUGGAGAAGUGUCUGCGACACAGAUGAGAGCCACUGGGAAGCUUUAUGCCUGCAAGAAACUCAACAAGAAGAGGCUCAAAAAGAGAAAAGGCUAUGAAGGUGCCAUGGUUGAGAAGCGAAUCCUUGCCAGAGUCCACAGCCGUUUCAUUGUCUCUUUGGCAUAUGCAUUUCAAACCAAAACAGACCUCUGUCUAGUGAUGACAAUCAUGAAUGGAGGAGACCUAAGAUACCACAUUUACAAUGUCGAUGAGAACAACCCUGGAUUUGAUGAACCUCGAACUUGUUUCUAUACAGCCCAGAUUGUCUGUGGGAUGGAGCACCUUCAUCAAAACCAAAUAAUUUACAGAGAUCUUAAGCCAGAAAAUGUACUCUUGGACAAUGAUGGUAAUGUACGUAUUUCAGACCUUGGACUUGCAGUUGAAUUGAAGGACAAUCAAACAAAAAUAAAAGGUUAUGCUGGAACUCCAGGCUUCAUGGCACCUGAACUGCUAAAGGGUGAAGAAUAUGACUACUCUGUGGACUACUUCACACUCGGGGUGACACUGUAUGAAAUGACUGCAGCCAAAGGCCCGUUCCGAUCAAGGGGAGAGAAGGUGGAAAACAAGGAGGUUAAAAGGAGGAUUCUCAAUGAUCCUGUACAAUAUAGUGAUAAAUUCAGUGAAGAAGCAAAAUCAUUUUGUGAGCAGCUGUUAGAGAAGGAUCCUGGAAAACGUCUUGGAUUUACCAAAGGAAACUGUGAUGAACUUCGGAAACAUCCUUUCUUCAGAGAAAUUAAUUGGAGAAAACUGGAAGCAGGCAUACUGACACCUCCAUUCAUUCCAGACUCCAAAACUGUCUAUGCAAAAGACAUCCAGGAUGUGGGAGCCUUCUCCACUGUCAGAGGAGUUAAUCUUGAAGAAGCCGAUAAAGAAUUCUUUGAUGAGUUUGCUUCUGGUAACAUUGCCAUUCCAUGGCAGGAGGAAAUGAUAGAGACUGGAAUUUUUGCGGAGCUGAAUGUGUGGGGAGCAGGAGGCAGCUUACCCAAUGACCUCAGAAGGGAAUCAAUUUUAGAGGCAAAUGCAAAUAAAUCUGGAGUUUGUAGAAUUUCCUAAGAUCAAUAGAGGUGCACGAAAUAUUGAUAAAUUAUUUAGAACUUCUUCUAUAUUCCCAGUGAGUAGAUCAGUAACUAUACCCUUUGUACCAUAAUGGGAUUAUCAUUCUGUUUGUUUUUAUAAUACUGAUACAGCCUGGGACUUUAUGGAAACUCCAAUCUUUUGUACUGGAAACCAUAGGCUUAAAAUUUAAAGAUCACUGAUGUAUAAGAUAUCAACUAGAAAUGAAAAAGUUACACUGUCAAAGGUAUGAUAAUGAAAGUAGAGACCUUGUGUAGCCAUAAUGCAUUCAUAAAAUAUGUUCUGCAAGAUGUGUACAAAUCAAUGAAACAAAACACAAAAGCUAAAGAAAUACAGAACAAAGACAGAUUGUUUCACCCACAUCCGUCCUCCCUGUAUGUUCCUACUUUUGUCUCUCUCCACAUUUUCUACUACCAACGCCACAAAUGCAUCAAAUGAAUGAAACAAUAUAAAUGGAACAAUAUUUGAAUUCUUGGGUCAAAAUUAACGCUAAAUCAUUUUUCCUGUAACAGUUUCCCUGUCAGAGUCAUAGAACAGUGGUAGCUAUUUCUUUGCAAAACUGAUAGCAACACAGAGCAAUUUAACACUACCCAUUAAUUCAACAGCAUUAAUUCAACCUUACAUUAUGUUUCUGAGAUUAGCAUUUUAUUAUUAUUGCAUUAGAUGGCAUGGUGACACAGUGGUUAGUGUUGCUGCCUUAUGGAGCUACUGUUCUGGGUUUGCAUAUACAGUAUAUAUACAGCAUAUAUACACUCACCGGCCACUUUAUUUUGGUACACCUGUUUAUCUGCUUGUUAACACAAAUGUCUAAUCAGACAAUCACGUGGUAGCAAGUCAAUGCAUUUAGGCAUGAAGACAUUGUCAAGACAACUUGCAGGAGUUCCAACCAAGCAAUAGAAUGGGGAAGAAAGGUGAUUUAACUGACUUUGAACAUGGCAUGGUUGUUGGUGCCAGAUGGGCUGGUCUGAGUUUUUCAGAAACUGCUGAUCUUCUAUGAUUUUCACACCCAACCAUCUCUAGGGUUUACAGAGGAUGGUCCAAAAAAUGGAAAAUAUCCAGUGAGUGGCAGUUCUCUGGGCAAAAAUGCCUUGUUGAUGCCACAGAUCAGAGAAGAAUGGCCAGACUGGUUUGAGCUGAUAGUAAGGCAGGAGUAACUCAAAUAACCACUCGUUACAACCGAGGUAUGCAGAAGAGCAUCUCUGAAUGCACAACAUGUUUAUCCUUAAAGCAGAUGGGCUACAGCAACAGGAGACCACACCGGGUGCCACUCCUGUCAGCUAAGAACAGGAAACUAAGGCUACAAUUCACACUGGCUCACCAAAAUUGGACAUUAGAAGAAUGGAAAAAUGUUACCUUGUCUGAUGAAUCUUGAUUUCUGCAGUAGCAUUCAGAUGGUAGGGUCAGAAUUUGGCAUCAUCAACAUGAAAGCAUGGAUUCAUCCUGCCUUAUAUCAAUGGUUCAGGCUGGUGGUGGUGGUGGUGCGAUGGUGUGGGGGAUACUUUCUUGGCACAAUUUUGAGCCCCUUAGUACCAAUUGAGCAUCGUUUAAAUGCCACGGCCUACCUGAUUAUUGUUGCUGACCAUGUCCAUCACUAUAUGACUGCAGUGUACCCAUCUUCUGAUGACUACUUCCAGGAUAACGAGCCACGUCAAAAAGAUCAAAUCAUCUCAAACUGUUUUCUUAAACAUGACAAUAAGCUCACUGUACUCCAAUGACCUCCACAGUCACCAAAUCUCAAUGUAUGGUAUGUGCACUUCUGUCCAAGUUUCCAAGUACUCGAAUGAUCUCCCAACAUCACCAAAGGCAUGCAGAUUAGUUUAACGUGCAAUUUCAAACUGACCCAGUGUAAAUGUGAGUGGUGGUGUGUGUUUGCAGGUUUGUUCCUUGCCCUUUACCCAGUUCUGCAAUGAUAUGGUACAGCCCUCUGCAACUCUGAACUGCCAAGUACUGUAUUAUAAAAUUCAGAAUCAAAACAUUUAAAUGACUUUUGGUGUGGACUCAAAAGUGGGACCAAAGGAGAGGAAGUCAGCUAUCCUGAUACAGGUAAACGAAUGUCAGCAGACAAUAUGGCAUGUAGAAAAUGCUGAAAAUUUGUACUGUGCAUUCUUUGGACUAUGCCUCCCCUGUUUUUGAAAAACAAUGUCAUUGCUGUACUCCCCUUGCUUUAUACCCUAUUGCUUGUGAAACUCUCUAAUUUUAAUUAAUGUUGCUUCAGUCCUUUGUGCAAUUCCCAUAUGAAAUAGCUGUAAAUUAAAACUAUGGAAUUUU